AUGGGGUUAAAAGAUACUGAAUUCUUUGAUAAUGAGAAUUAUGAAGCUACAACUACUCAAAUCAUCAUUUGCCAGCAAUGUUCAUCGCAUCUUUGUCUUUCGAACUUGAUCAUUUCCGAUGGGUUCACCGGAUCUAGUGGUGAGGCAUUACUAGUUGAUAAGAUUAUUAAUUAUCAAGCAGAUCCAGAGAUUAUCGAAAGUACAAUGUUAACUGGAGAUUAUCUCACUCGGUCAGUGCGUUGUAAACAGUGUCUUACCAGACUUGGAUGGACUUAUAAGAAGGCAUUUCGUCAACGAGAAGCUUAUAAGGAAGGAAAAUUUGUUAUUGAAAAGAAAUUUUUGAAAUCAAUUCCGAAUAAUUCAGCUACUUCUGAUUUGAUUGUGGAAGCAAGAAGAAAUAGUCUUGAUCGUCGUCGUAGAUCUUCAGCGACCAUUUCUCUGAGUAACUCUUCAAUUGAUGAAAUUAAUCAUCAUAAUUGCCAAAAUGAUUUUAAAUUUAAUAACCUACCUUUGGAUCCAUAUCUGAAAUCUUUGCUCACAACUCAUACUAGAAACUCUUUUAGCUUUAGAGAUUUCUAUAACGCCACUAGUAAUUCUAGAGUUAGACAUGGUGCAAUGGAAAAAGAUGAUUUUGAAGAAGAAGAUGAAGAUAAUGAAGUUUUUGUCGAUGUCUAA